CGCACCCAGACUACGCGCAACACCAUGUCCCUUGCUCGCAGUCGUAACGUGCGGCUGGGCUCACAAGGCAUCGAAGCAACCAUGCCUGCUCCCCGCACCGCUGCUGUGCCCGAAAUCUGCUGACUGUGUUUUUCAGCCAGACAGCCUGUGAAACAGUCGCGAGCCGCGCUAUAAUACAAGACAGAGACAGGGGUCGCACCAGCACAUUGCGUGACAGCUCAAUCGCAGGCUCGCCCAGCAGUGAUCAAACAAUUCCCGGUCGAUGGCCGCCUAGCUCGAAGAAAUAGCAGGAGCAUGAGGAAGAUGAGGAGAAGAGGAAUUAGGAGGACCUGCAACACGGGAGCGAGGCCCUGGGAGGACGAGCUCGUCGGCCAAAAGGCAGAUACAACGGACGCGGUGCUGUACAGGUCAAGAAGCAUGAAACGUCCUACGUGGUUGUUAUGCACGCGCAUCUGAGACUGCAGGCCGAGAGGCGAGCAACUCGGCAGGCCAACGCGGUGCUGAACAGAGAGCGCAUCCGCCACCGUGCCGCUAUGCACUCUGCCCUCACGCUUCGGAGAGUCCUCUGCACUGGGUGCUGCAAACAGUGGGCCCCCCGAGUGCUGCGACAUGAUAGACUAAGCGUGCGAGCGCCGCGUCCAGUCACGGUGGGAGGGCGGGCGCGAGCCAAAGGCACGAGGGAGGGCACGCCGCCUGCUUGUGGGCCGCAUGCUUAUCCGCGUGAAACAGAAGGGGCGAGGAAGAGAGCGACGAGGAGGGGAAGGGAGACUGGGAGGAAGAGGAGGAAAGGGAGGAGUACGGGCACACAGGUCGCGCAAGCGGAUGCAGAUACGGAU